AGAUGAGUUUGGUAAAGCUCUCUCUGGGUUUUCUUUAACCUAACGAUUUCUUCCCAUUUUAAGGGAAUCUUUGUGAAGAUGAUGAUAAUGAUACUGUAAGUGAGUUUUAGUCAUUUCUAUCCACAUUCAACUUGAUCAAUUUGACUUUAUUCCUCACUUUCUAUAUCUCUCAGUCUUCGGAAUCGAUUCCCACUUUCUGAAAAGAGAAAUGCAUUGAAUCUGAGAUUCAUUCAUCGGUUCUUCGAUCUGAGAGACCCAUAGAGAGAUGAAGGAUUUACUUGGGAGCCCAGGAACGAAAACCGGUCUGUUUUUGAGGAUAAGCCAGUGUCUGUUCGCUGUUGCUUCCAUUUGGGUCAUGACAUCGGCUGCGAAUUUCACUAGCUAUACUGCAUUCUGCUAUUUAAUUGCAUCAAUGGGACUUCAGCUACUGUGGAGUUUAGUUCUUGCGGGUUUGGAUGGAUAUGCUUUGUGGAUAAAGAUUGACAUUCAUAGUCCUGUUCUUGUGAGUCUAUUUGUCGUGGGCGAUUGGGUGACUGCUACUUUAUCGCUUGCUGCAGCAUGUUCUUCAGCUGGAAUUGCGAUUUUGUAUGCAGGAGACUUGGGUUUUUGCAAGCACCAUACGCAAAUGCAAACUGCUUGUUUAAGAUACCAGAUUUCCGUGGCUUUCGCAUUCGUAACUUGGUUUCUAAUUGCUAUCUCUUCUUGUGUCAUGUUUUGGCUUAAUGCCUUGCUUUGGAUAAACUGAAAAAGAUAGAUAGAUAGAUAGAUUACUAGAUGGUUGUCGGGUUUGUGAGACUUGUCGUAACUCUAAUCAUAUAUAAUUCAAUACAUGUAUGGAUUGGUGAUAUUGAAUCAAGUCCCAAUGAUUCAUUUUCUACAAUGUGGAAAGAUUUGAACA